AUGGCCAACCGUGGGCGCACGUACGACCCCCAGGUCUUUUCCAUCCAUGAUCUUCAGCGACUGGCUUCGGAGAAGCUAUCUACAACAUAUCGGGAAUACUAUAAUGAGGGAGCUAUGGACCUCCUCACCUUGCGCGACAAUGAAAAGGCCUACGACAGAUACAAGAUUCGCCCCCGAGUUUUGAAGGAUGUUUCCAACAUCGACAGCAGCGUCACCCUUUUCGGAGCCAGGGUCAAGUUCCCCUUCGGCUUCUCGCCCACUGCUAUGCAGAAGCUGGCUCACGAAGACGGAGAGGUCGGAACGUCGAGAGCGGCUGCAUCAGUUGGCGUUCCGAUGGCCCUUUCAUGCUACUCCACCAUUGAUCUGGAGAGCGUCAUCUCCCAUGGGAAGGGAAACCCUUACAUCAUGCAGCUUAGCCUGCUCAAGAACAGGGAGGCGAUGAUCCAGAUGGUCGAGCGAGCCGAGAAGGCUGGGUACAAGGCACUGUUCCUGACCCUCGAUGCUCCCUACCUGGGCCGCAGGCUAAACGAGUUCCGUAACUCGUUUGGUCUCCCCGAGGGGAUGGAGUACCCCAAUCUGUUCCCCGGAGUAGACGUGUCCAACCUAGAGGACGCCGGCGACUCAAUGGCCUACGGUAAGAUUGACCCUACACCUUGGGCCAGCUUCGAGAUACUGACAUGGGCCGACAUAGAGACCGCCAUCGGGUGGGCAGAGCUCAUCGCCUUCUUCCGCAAACACACCAAGAUGCAGAUCUGGGGCAAGGGAGUCUACACCCCCGAAGACGUCGAGCUCGCGAUCCAACAUGGCUUCGAUGGAGUCGUGAUAUCCAACCAUGGCGGUCGCCAGCUCGACGGCUCCCCCGCCACCCUCGACGCCCUGCGCGACUGCGCGCCUGUGGCAGAGGGCCGUAUCCUGAUUGCCAUUGACGGUGGCAUCCGCCGAGGAACGGAUAUCUUCAAGGCUAUUGCUCUUGGUGCCGAUUUCUGUUUUGCCGGCCGUCCGGCAAUCUGGGGGCUUGCAUACGCUGGUGAGAAGGGCGUGAAGCUCGCUCUUGACAUCCUGUACGACGAGUUUAUCACGUGUAUGGCGCUUGCUGGUUGUCGCUCGGUGGCGGAUAUCACAAAGGGCCAUCUGGCCCUGUUGCAGCCAGACGGUGUCCUGGCCAAGUUGUAG